AUGUUUAUGACGGUCUACACAGCUCGUAACGAAUAUUUAGUUGUCGUUUUUAUCGUGAGUAAACGUGAUGAUGGGGAUUACUGUCGUCUUCUGCCACGUUGUUCCAAUUGGCCCUGUGGCGCAACGGAUAACGCGUCUGACUACGGAUCAGAAGAUUCCAGGUUCGAAUCCUGGCAGGAUGCUUGUCUGAGGUGCCAGGCGGAAUCGAGUCAAGGCCGAAGUCAGGAUUGCGUCGUUGUUUGGGGCGAAUGCAAUCAUUCGUUUCACUACUGUUGCAUGUCACUGUGGGUAAAACAAAACAAUAGAUGCCCACUGUGUCAGCAAGAAUGGUCGAUACAAAGAAUGGGAAAAUAA